CUCCGAUCCUGAUUCCGACCCUCAUCCUGCUAAAACCAACCCUCUGUUGUACCUGCCUGCUUGUCUUCAUGCUGCGUCUUUCUACUAUCCGUCAUCUCUCUCUCUGUUGCUGCAAUCCAACAGAUUAGGGCAUACCUUGGGACAGUGUUUAUUUCUGAAACUAAUCCUAUCAAGUCAGUUGAGGAGCUUUGGGAUGGAGAAUUAUGUCACUGCUGUUUGGAUGACAAUUAAACUUCACAAUCUUGAAAUUUGUUGAAUCGUUGUUUUUGUGAAAUUGGGCUGAUUUAAUGGAAGCUGGGUGAUGGCUGUUCGUCUUUACCUCACCACAGUUUCAUUUCAAUACCCCCAAUUUUCACAAUUUUCUGUCAGUUUUUCCUCGGAAACCUAUUGGAUGCUCAAUGAAGUCGUGUAAGCUGUCAGAUCUUACCCAAACUGAGAUUAAUGAUCUCAGUGCUCGUGCUCGCAUUGAUUUCUCAUCCAUUUUUUGUGAAGUGUAACCUAUCAUCCAUGAUGUUCGCUACAGAGGCAAUGAAGCUGUGAAACCGGUGUUAAAGCAUUGAGUUAGCCUUGACUGAUUUGCUUGAAAAGUUUUUUUGUCAUUAUAUGAUUUCAGAGCUUGAAUUUGUUGUUGAAUUCAAUUUAUUUGUUUUUUGGAGUUAUUGUGAUGAUUUUGGUGGACUUUUUUGGGCUUUGUGGAAGAAGUUUUAUGUUCGUGGAUAUUAUACGUCAUAGUUUUUUAAUUUUUGUUAUGAUAUUUAUUGUUUUAUAUUUUUUUGUACAUUGUUUUAAGGUCUCUCACUGAUUUUGUCUUUUCAUGCUUCAGAAAGAAAUAUAUGUGAUUUGUGUAGUUUUUAGAGUAUAAAUGCUCUGUUCUCCUGUUUAUGAUAUGUUAUGAUACUCUCUUAAACUUUGAUGUUUUCAAUCAUAUACGUUAUUAAUUCAUAAAAUAUUUUGUAUAUUUUGGAUGUAGGAAGUGAUAGUGGAAGCAUCUGACGCAGAAGUUAAUGGAGCUAAUGGGACUAGUGGUGUUAAGGGGAGGAACAGGACAAGUUGCGUUGCAUUGACAAUCAGAACGUUGAUAUGGUUAACUUGAGGCAAUUGGCUUCUGAACUUGAUAUCAAUAGGUCUAGAAAUGAUAUUUCAGUGCAGCAUAAGGAUUGUCAAGAGGAGCCAAUCGAAGAGUCUGCUCGUCCUACAAGUUUAAGUUGUCAGUUAGCAGAAAUUCAAGAGCAUGCAGAGGUUCAACUCACAUUUGUGAAAACCCAGUAUGAGGUCUGAUUGAGGAGCUUGUGCUUCUACUCAAACAGUCCAAGGGCCAUGUAGAAAUUUAAAAGGUGCAUUUCGAUAUAGAGUUAGAGUUAAACCGUAGUCUUGCUACUGAAACACAUCAAACUAAUGAAAAUACAGAGUUGAUGACAACUGUUCACUGCCUAAGAUCUGAGUUAGAAGCCUCUGUUAUUGAAAACAGGGUCUUGUCAGAAUCAAUUAGUGUUUUAAUGCCUCAACUUUAGGAAUUCAAGAGGAAGACAGUUACUCUGGAGGCUGAACUUGAUUAGGAUUCAAGAGUCCACAAAGAUUAACUACAAGCUGGAAAUAGCCGAGGAGGAGAUUAGUGAAUUGAUAUUCUGUAAUGCUAAGCAUGAAAUUAUAAUCAUUGUUCUAAAAGAAAAACUAGAUAGACAUAAAGGUCACAUAGCCCUGAUGGAAAAAUCUAGUGUUGAAUCCUUCAAGUUGCAGGAUCAGAUUAAGGAAGUUACCCACAAGCUGUCUGAACAGAUUCUUAGAACAGAAGAAUUCAAAAACUUGUCUGUUAGCUUGAAGGAGCUCAAAGACAAAGCUGAAGCUGAAUGUCUCUCGGCUUAUGAGAAAAAAGGUCCUGAAGGGCCAUCUUUUGCUGUUCAAGAGUCUCUGCGAAUUGCUUUCAUUAAAGAAUAAUAUAAAACCAAGCUUCAAGAGCAAAGGCAGUAGCUCUCAAUUUCUAAAAAGCAUGGGGAGGAGAUGCUAUGGAAAUUUCUAAAAGGAAGCAUGUUGUUAAUCAACUUGAAGACAGGAAAAAACUGAAGUUUCUCACUUGAAGAGAAACGAAGAGCUGUCAAUUAAGGUCUAGGAGUUGGAGGCCGAAUUACAAUCAUUAUUCUUUGAUAAUCGUGAGAAAACAAAUGCUUAUGAUAGAAUACGGACUGAGUUGGACUUUAUAAUAUUAAACCUUGAAUUCUGCAAGGAAGAAAAAGAAAAACUCGAAGCAUCAUUGUAGGAGUGCGUGGAGGAGAAGACUAUAAUAAUAGCCGAGCUUGCGUUGAGAAGAGAACAACGGGAAAAUUCUAUAAGUUCCACCAAUAUGCUAGAGGAAGUUGCUGUGGGCAUAGUCAAGAGCAUAUUUGGCAAUGCAAGUAACAGCAAGUCAAACUUUGUAUCAUCCACUACGAAUAUCUUAAAUGGAGAUUCAACUUUAAGUCUUUCCUCUGAGUCCUUGGAUCGCAAUAGCAACAUGGAUACUGACAAAUUCUUGAUACGAGCUUGGUUCCAGUUGAAAAAGCUGAAAAUUCAAGUUCACUUAUUAUGGGCAACUCAUCCAGGUUCUUGAAUCUAAAGGUAUACAUGAAAUCCUAGAGCAUGGUCUUCUAAAUGAAGGAAAUUGGUCACCCCGCAAAUCCAAGAAUGUAACUUAAAGAGGAUGAAGAAUGAAAACUCCCAUUUUUCACAGGCUAAUCAUGACCCACAUGUUCAAGACUUACAAAGAGAACUCAUGCAUUUAAAUAAGAAUUAUUUGAGAAGUGGUAAUGUUUUAGAAAGGGUACUUGCCUUGAAAAUUGAGCUCGCAGAGGCACUACGGGCAAAGAAGACAUCAAGCUUGCAUAUCCAGAGACAAAGAAAGAUGAGAAUAUGCAGUAUAGUAGUAUGGAAAGAACUCCUUUUCUUGAAGAGCAAGUGAGGAAGAUAAGAGAAGGGGGAGAAAUUAUGGCAAUGGAUCAGGGAGACUAAUUCUCUCAGAGGAAAUCGCUUUGUUUUUGUAAACAGUGUCGCAGCCGAGGCUAAAGACUAUGUUGAGAAAAAUCGAGAUGAUUGUGGUGGUGAAAAGAAAGCCAUCUUUCAUGUCCAGAAUAAUCGCAUGAAUGAUGCUGGCAUCUAUUGUCAAGGGGCGUAUUUAGUAGAAGACCCUUUGAAGUUAGGUCCUGGUUAUCGUAGAGAAGCACUUUAGUUUUGAAAUAACUUGCCCCAGACACACUCGGUUUUGUCUUGUCUUUCUAGCUUAGUGUUGUUGCGCAAAUACUCUCAUUACAUAUUAUUUUCUAUUUUUAAUAGGGCUUAAUGGUUUGUUUGAACUCUAAAAUGUUUUUAACUUCUCACAUCAUAGAAUUUACGUUAUAUAGCCAAUCACAUGCAAGCUGCAGUUUUCAAGGCAUUAGAUUUUUUAGAAAAUGAAAAGUGAGGUUAGGAGCUCGUAGUAAAGAAAAUGUUAAUUUUAGAGUGUUAGGAAAGUUCAUUGAAAGGUGCAUGACUAAAGCCUUGGCUAUCUCGAAGAGAAUAAUUAUAUAUAAUUUUUCAAAUUAUAAUUUUUUUGUGGUGUUGCAUAUAUUUCCUCCAGCUUCAUACAAUGUUUUUUUGGACGAGUACUCCAAUAUUUAUUUCUUUGUUUUUUUACGAGCAUAUUUCUUACUGAUCAUUUUGUGUACAAUAAAAAUAAUAUGAGUUUCAUACCAGGCCCGUGCCUUGCACGGGCACUAAUGCUAGUUAUAAUAUAGUACAACAAAUAAUUAUAAGCAAAAUAACAAAGAGUCCGGUCCGUAAUAUAUUGUAAGUGGGUUUUUAGAAGGAUGACAUUAAUCCAAAAUCUACUAUAUCUAUUAUACGAGAACACGUUAUUUUCCUGAGCAAAUUAAUUCUUUGGUUCGGUCCGAUCUUACUUCCCGAACCUCCUAAUUAAACCCUGCACAUUUAUAUACAUACACACAGCAUCUCUGCAGCUUCCUCAUAGCCAUACUCUUACGGCUUCUCCCCGAUCCCCGAUCCCCCUUCAGUCGUAAGUCCAUGAUGCAAUAUGAUUUUAUCACCACGGAUACUCUUCACUCUUUGUGGCCUCUUAGCAGAUUAGGGUUUUUCCCUGCAAAUUAGGGGUUCUACAAUUUUAAUUGUCUCAAUCUGUCAAUCGCCGCCACCUCCGAUACGGACUACAAAGGUGCGCCAAAAGGAGAGAGGAGCCAUUAAAAGGGUUAAAAAGAUUUAGGCUCUUCGACUCGAAGAAGCCUGGAAGCAAUCCAGCCCCUAAUUUCUGUAGACUUUAUCGUAAUUUUCUCGUCCAAUCUCCAUCAGCUGCUAUAGGAUUUUGGACACUUGGUGCUGUUAGGCAUUAUCACAAAUAUAGAGGACCUCCCCUAGCACUCAAGGAUUACUCUAAAUUUGCUCGAUUUAUGAAACAUGUUAAAGAGUAUAAAAAAAUUUGUAUCGUUGGUUUAGGAAUUGUUACCAUUUUCACAAUUGGCAGUUGGGAAACUAUACCUUACUCGAAACGAAAGCACUUCGUACUAAUUCCACCUAGCAAGGACACAAGUUUUGGAAAUUUUAUUUCUAGAACGAGGGAAGAAAUCUUUGUUCUUCCUCAGGAUCACCCUGAUAGUGUACGCGUGAGGUCGAUCUCAAACAAGAUACUUAGGGCAUUACAAAGCGACUUGAAGAUCAAAGAGAUGACUGGUUUGGAAUACAGUUCAAGAAAUAUCACUAGUGAUGUUGAUGAGAAGGAAGCAGCAGUGCCAUGGUGGCGACGAACUAAAUUCUCUACUAGGCAUUUGGAGGGAUUAGAUUGGGAGGUUGUGGUGGUGGAUAGAUAUCUGAACAAUGCUUAUGUCCUACCAGGAGGAAAGAUUGUGGUGUACAAAUAUUUACUUAAAAGUUGCAAGUCGGAUGAUCAGGUUGCUGCUGUCAUCGACCAUGAGGUUGGGCAUGUUGUUGCUAGGCAUUAUGCUGAAAGAUUUACAAAAUCGUUGUGGUUUGCAAUUGGACUGAUGAUCAUCUUCUCUGGUGGGUCUGGGAGGUCCCCUCCCCCUCAUCCUCUAGGUACACGGAAGCUGGCAGAACUCGUCCUCAAUCCUUGCUCACGGAGGGUCUUAGUUCAUCAGCACAUGCUGGCAAAGGUGAAUUUUGCACUUUCCCUUACGGUACUACUUAACGGAAGACGGGGAGUGCCCGACGAAGUAGAACCAACUCUAUCAAAUCAAAAGAUGACAGACCCGUUCUCUGUACUAUCAAUAGGAUCAAUUAUAACAAGUCGCACACUCAUAUUCCAGAAUACAGAAAAAAUACUGAUAUUGACUCGGGCAUUCUCGAUUAUCUUGAGGAAUGUCACGAGAAUUUUGGCAUAAGCAAGAACGUGGUUUUCAUCGGAGAAAAUUUCCCAAUUCCAACCUUCUUUCCGCUACCUAGAAGGCAUGUCUUAAUCUCUAAGAUUUGGUGGUUAUUGGGGCCAAAUUUGACUGUGGAAUGAAGGAAUAUAUGUGGGGUAGGCGUGUGUUCUGCAGGGGGACAGGAAGAGAGGUGUUUGACUGGAAAUAUAGUUGUUAAGGUAUUUUUAUCCGCUUUUGACAGUUGUUUUUCAAAAUGCUUGCAUUUUGUUAUUCUUUACUCAUGCUCUCAUGUCUGCCAGACUUAAACUUUGCUUUUAAGAUUCAGCUAUCUAUGGCCUGCCAAUAGCUAUAAUUUUAGGGUAGUUAGGUAGUUACCGGUCCCUUAUAUAAUACACUAAAUUGUUACUGUUAGAACUUUGCAGCUAUCAUAGUUUCGAAACAACAGUUGUAUUAAGUGGCUUUCAGAUAAUCACUUUGGCAGUAGCUCCAGGGUUCUGAAGUACACUCUUAUUAGGAAGCACCAGAUUCUAAUUUUCUCAGCCAGCAAGUAGAAAAGUACAUUAGAAAAUUAUUCUUUGUAUACAGGGAAGAUAAACACUUUUUGUCUCCAACUAUAUAGUUCAUCCUGGAAACUAAAUGUCAUGGUCAUAUCUAUAUUCGAACUAAGUCCAAUAAACUAUGACAUAAGAUGAAUUGUCGAGCGUUCCUGGAGCCUUGCUGCUUUAAUUUAAAAACUCAAAAAACUAUAUGUAUGCCGGUCUUUACUUGUGAUAGUCACCUGAUGAGGUGAUUUUCACCUCAAUGACAUGUUAGACAUCAGGCAUAACAGCGAAACUGAUAAGAUUCAGGUUCUUUCUUGGAUGCAGCUAUUGAAUAUUUACUCACAGGGAGUAUAUCUCCCCUUCAUUUAGAGUAGGCCUGCCAGCAAUCAUCAUAUAACCUGAAUAUGGAUGCCUAGCCAGAAACAUAAAUCAUUUGGUUGUGAUUUGGCCGAAGAAAAUUGAGACUGGAAAUAUAUAGCAUUAGGUAGAAGGAUGGAUGUACAUAUAACUAUAGGAUAUGUGCUAAACAUAUAGUUCAAAUUGGAAAAAGCAAAUAAGUUGGUAACACAAAAAGAUUAGUAUAGAACAUGUGAUUUAUAAGUUGCUAUAAUUUAAGUGAUCUAAUUGUUAUAAUCUACUGUACCAGACUACAAACCAAAACCAACGACUAAACUUUGUAUGUCUAGAUUUAAUAAUAUUGUAUAAAUAUAUGAAUGUUUAACAAAUUAAACUGAAGUAAAAGGCUGCACAAAAACCAGUUAACCAAACUAUAAUUUUCGGUGUGUGGACAUGAAAAUGUUGAAUCCUAUCAACCUAUAAGCUAUGCAAUAAAUAGAAACUUGAUAAAUGAUUUGAUUGUGCGAGAACUCAGAAGAUAAUAAUAAGCGAAGCUUUUGGAGUCUGUAGAUGAUAUUUGUGUAUUAACGUCUUAAUUAGAUGAUGCAUUAUGGUCACUCAAGAGUAAUGCAUCUUCCUCCGUAAACUUGUCCAUCGUGUAGAGCUGCAUACUUUGCUUCGUAUCGUAACUAAUCAGAGGUAUUAAAAAGCAGGACAAUCACUGGAGAAACAUACAUAGCUAUAUUUGGCUUCCAUGGAUAUAUCACAUGAAGUUGUGGCAAGUAGAAUGACUUGUCUCAGUUUGCUUGUAAGACAGUUAGACAUUGUUUUAAAUUUUACAUGCUGCAGUUAGUUGUAUGGUUGUCUUUUCGUUUAUAUUUUCUGGAAGUGCUUAGUUUAAUUUUCUGUGCUGCGUAUUCAGUUAAUUGGAAGUAUAAAUUUGUCAAAUAACUUCUUAAGCCUGUCUGUUAUGUCUAUGUUGGCAAAAAGCAAUGGGUUGAUUAAAUUUGGAGCUCCCAUUGAACCUCCAAAGGGUCUUAUCACGGUGUGAGAUUUCUUAACCAAGUCAUUACAUAAGAAUGAAAUCGACAAUGUAAACUACGCAAUUCUGCAACCUGUAUUUGAAGAUCCCCGAUUUUGGCUCUGACUAAAUCUACUUCUAUAUAUUAAAGGAGAACCAGGGGCAAAUUGAGCCUGAAAAAUGGCUGUGAAAUUACUUAUGCACCCUUGAUUAAUGUUAAAUUUCAAACCGGUCAUUUGAUAUGUUUUUACGGCUGCUCAUCAAUCAUCACAUAUGCCUUUCAUUGUUUUUAUGGAGAAUUUUGUAGUGAUUGAAUUUAAGUUGAAAAGAAUUGCAGGAGAGCGGUCCACCUCGAUCAUGUAUUUAACCAUGUUUCUUCUGCUCAAGGGUCAUCCAGAGCAAAGAGGCAGGAGGCAACUUGUGAGUAAAUAGUUGACUACUUUUUUCAAGUGAUUUCGAUGUGCGUCUAUCUUGCAAAGCUACAAUUAAGAGCGGUGACUGUGUCCAUAAUCUGAGUUCGACUUUUAGGGAAGAGAUUUCAGAGACAGCGAUCCUGAUUAUUAUUUGCUUUUAUAAAUUUGGUGUCUUCAAUGUUUUGCUUUCUGGAAUUCGUAGAACGAUUGAAGCAUUUUAAUGCACUUUCAAAUUUUACUUUAAGGUUGUUUCAUGCCAUUUUACAUGUCGGCCUCUGUAGUGGUUAUGAUUGGUACGAAGUUAUAUUUUAGGGUUUGAUGGCAGUGUUUGUUGUAUCAGGAAGAUGCAAUGGUCAUGAUUUUGUCAACAGAAAAAUCAUUUUAGUCGUAUGAAUCUGGGAAGGAAGUGCUGUUUUCUUAUAGUGACAUUUCUCUGCUGUCCUCUUCCAGUUGUUCCCCAUUAAUUGACCACUGACCAGUCGUUAUAUUCUUUUGUUUA